AUGACUCCCACAGGCCUCGUCGGAUUCGGGAGCAUUUUAAGGAAUAAUCCGCGGACGGAUAAGUUUAAAGUGGACCGGUUUCACCAUAUCGAGUUCUGGACGGUUUCGUGGGAUCUUGAGCUGCCGCUCGUGGCGAAAUCGGACCAGGCGACGGGUAACCACACGUUUCGCAGUUUCGUGUUGGAAGCGGAGGCCCUGGCGCUGGUGUUCGUGGCGCCUUAUUCCGACGCAGCAGCUAUAACGCGUACAGAACCUCUGGGAGAUCCACCCGAACGAUCAGGGAGGGAUUGUGACUACAGCGGAGGUGACUCUGUACGGCGACACCAUGCUGUGGUGAACCCGAAGUAG